GCAGGAUGCAAAGUUCAAAGCUUUCAUCAAAUCAUUGGCUGCUGCAAUAUUGUUUUAAUUUUAAGUUAUUGUUAAUAAAUAAAUUGGUUCAGUCAGCGUAAAAGAUGGUUUUUAAACUGUUUUAUUUGGGAGUGGUGACAGAAAACGCAAAAAAAUUGUUGCUAAAUGAAAAGAGUGGAAUCUUUUUGAGAAACUUUGGUAAGUAAAUUUGUAUAAGCUGAUUUGAUUCAGUUGUCAGGCAACAUUUGAGAAAUGUGGUUGAGAAUAUUUAAAGAUUUUCACCUCUAUCUCAAUAGCGAUUUCUUUUAGCAACGUGCUCUAUUCACUCUAGAUCAUUAGUUUCAAAAUAUAAAUCUAAUGCAGUAUGCAGUAGUGUUGUCAGGGCCCGUUGUGUAUAUUCAAACAAACGCAUGUGCAAUGCGUAAGAUGUGCAAAGCGAAAUUAAAUUUUCAAGACCGGAUCGUCCAUUUUGCCCUGAGACUUUGUAUGAUUUGUACCUUGUUAUCAAUUUUUUCUUUAUUUUCGAGAGCAAUGGCUGCCAACCAAGAAAGAACUUUUAUCAUGGUAAAACCUGACGGUGUCCAGAGGGGACUCGUUGGAAAAAUCAUCAAGCGUUUCGAACAAAAGGGCUUCAAACUGGUCGCUAUGAAAUUUGUGUGGCCUUCAGAAGAAUUACUCAAAAACCAUUACGCCGACCUUGCCGGACGUCCAUUUUUCCCCGGUCUAGUUAAAUACAUGUCUUCAGGACCAGUUGUUCCUAUGGUCUGGGAAGGCUUAAACGUAGUCAAAACUGGUCGCGUCUUGUUGGGUGCCACCAACCCAGCUGACAGUGCCCCUGGUACCAUCAGAGGAGACCUUUGCGUACAAGUUGGUAGAAACAUUCUUCACGGAUCUGAUGCAGUAGAAUCAGCCAAAAAAGAAAUCGCUUUGUGGUUCAACCCUAACGAAUUAGUUAGCUGGCAACCAGCUACCACUUCCUGGGUAUAUGAAGAUUAGAAAAAUUACACAGUGGGUCAGAUGAGGCAAAAUAAUUAAUUGAAAUUUACCACCAAGAGCAAUUUUUGUUUUUAGAGAAAAAUAUUCCAACUUUAUAUUUAAGAAUAAAUUAUUUCCAUAUCAUUAUUUGUUGUUGCAUUCUAUAACCUGUGCCUGUUUUUAAUAUACUCAUUGAAAUUUAA